AUGCCGACAGCAGUCUUGCUGCAAAAGCCUCUCACGGGUCUGAAUGGUUUGCUGGGCAUCAUCGCCGUCGUCACAUGCUUCGCACCUCUCCGUGCGCACAUUGCGCGCGAAAAUCCGAGCAGACGAGGUGCCCAACCUGAGCAGCGCCACCUAUCACCGGAGGUGAAGGUUUCCCUCUCUGCAUCCGGGACAGUGACAAGAGAGGAGUUCAGUGGAGCACGAAGCAGCUUGAUGCGGCGAAACCUGAAUUAUGAUGACACAGCUCAGGAUGAGGACGCUGGAGCUGAUGCAGGUGAUCCAGAUUCCGAUGCAGAGUCAGACGAGGCCGAAGACAACGAUGAUGCCAAGGAACCAGCGGCUUGCGACAGUGGCGGUGAAACCACAUAUCGCAGCCCUCGCAGCUUUGAGGUCGAAGCCCCAACUCAAGUUCCUUUCACGCUGUCCCUGCGCAUGCGUUGGACUGGGGACAGUCCGCCGGACCUGACGCCAAAUCCAGCUUGUGUUAUCUGCUGGACGAUUGAUCCGGACACCACGCCAAGUACCAACAAAGAGCAGUUCUAUCAAGGCUUGGAUGGCCAGCCACCACGAAUUGCGCUGAUGCGCAUGGGGAACGUGCUCAACUACGAAGAGUACGGAGCCGAUGGAGGUACCGGCACCGUCAACCUUUUCACCUCAGGCAAGCAGCUCAACGACGGAGAGUACCACGAGGUCGUCGUUGUUCGCGGAGAGUCCCGGAUUACAUUAUGGAUUGAUGGGCAGCCUGAUGCCUUCAUUAGUAGACAAGCAAAAGGCAACAACUUCCAAAAUGCAGAUCUGCCGGUGGGCAAGCCAAAUGCCAUUACUGGCAAGGCCUCAACAUCGAAUGAGUACUUGCGGAAGCAAGUGAAGAACACAGCCUCCUACAACAAGGUCGACCCGAACAAUGGCAAGUGGGCCUUGAAGGGGGAGGUCACCAAUGUGAGGCUGUACUACACUGAAUUGAGCGCCAACGACUUCCCCAACAGCAAGACAUCUUGCGAGGCCACCACCACGCAAGCCCCGGUGACCUGCCACACCAGCUGUGAUCGCUGUGAUGGUGCUUCGGAGGAGGAUUGUCUCAGCUGCAAGGCACGUCGCUUUCUGCACGACAGAAAGUGCUUGGAACAAUGUCCUGACGGCACCUUCGGGGACUCCGACUCCAAGGCUUGCACCCAAUGUCACGACUCCUGCGGCAGUUGCUCCGGCAGUGGAGAAGCAGACUGCCAGAGCUGUGACAGCGAGGACAACUUCCUGCACAACGGCCGGUGUUUGACAGCUUGCCCUCCACAAUUCUUCGCCGAUGCAAAGAGAGUUUGUGUAAAGCUGGCUGGCAGCGUUGUCGCCUUGAAGACGACCGGUAAGGCUGGCACAUUCUUCGUGUACUCCAACAGUACGAACUGCGUCAAGUUGGUGCCUUUGGAUGACAAGGAGAAGGAGAACCCAAAGAAAGUCAGCGAUGAAGCGAAAAUGUGGAUGAUCUCAGAUACGGGCAACGGGGAGACCUCCCUGCGUAAUGUCAGAACGGGUAUGGCAUUGCACAUGCUUGCAAGGCCACGCUCGCAGACGAAAGAAUCUGGCUGCUCCGAAAGCCUGUCCAGCUGCGCAGUGGCGCGGCCACCCACGCCAGUCCUUGGACAAGACGAGCUUUGGACGGACAACGAAUGGGCAAGCAGUAAGUGUGACAAAAGCGCUUUCACGGUGACGCCAGCAGGUCCAUCGACGAUUGGCCUCAGCAUCGGCAAACGUUACCUUCGCUUUCACAAAGAGGCGGUCAUGAUGUCGGAUGAGGUGGAUGCAAGUGAGCCAAAGCUGGACAAGAGCAUGCGCUUUGAGCCGGUGGUCGUGUUGCCCGCGGUGGCCUCUGAGUUGAGGACCCGAGGGCGAUGCAAGCAGAUGAUCACCCAGUCGCUCCAGUGUUCUGCCGCUGCCGGCGGACAGGCAAUUGAUGCUUUCGCCGACUUCACUGAGCAGAGCCCGGACACCAGCAAGCCGCCUGGCUGCUACUACUACCAGCACGAGAUUUCUGCACCGAAGGGCAGUGGCGAGCAGUACAGCGAGUUGCCUACGAAGGUGUCCAGACUCGCCCUGAACCUCCUCAGCUCCGACACUGAGGCCGACUACUCUUCCUUCGCCGACUGCUCGUCAAAGAUGCCAUGCCUUUGCAAGAAGUCGUGA